AUGCAGCAGAAUGCAGAUUUAAGCUCCAGGAGAAGUGUCUUCUGGGUUAGCAAUGUUCACUGCUCUUCAUGCGUCGCCUAUGUCACCGAGAUAUUGUCCGAAAUUCCAACUGUCAGAGACAUUGACGUGUCGAUCAUUACCCAUGAGGUACGCGUCACCCAUGGCAUCUCUGCGCGGCCGGCAGAUCUCGUCGCAGCUUUGAUACACGCUGCGUUUGAAGUUCAUCAUGUUACGACAUAUGACGAACGCGCAGCGAUUAUAUCUGACCUCGACACCACUUCAUGGAAUCAUCGUGGAUCCACAAUCUUCUCCACCCCUCGAACAUCAUACUCCAGUAUUUCAUCUAAUAUCAAAGAGCGACUACACACUAGCAGAGAAAAUGGGCACUUUGCCAAUUGCGAUGCGUGUCAGAAGGAAGAAGCAGAAAGGCUUUCACGUCUCUCUUACCAGAGCACGACAGAGCCACUACAUGAAAAAUUUGCACAAAAUUCUGUCUGGCCUGCUCAUACUCCUUCUGUGUCUACGUCUGAGACUCAAGUAGAGCAAGAUGCCACAUUGACGCCAAAAGUCCCACCUAGUAUAUCUGAAACGCCUGAGCUGUCCUCACCAUCAAGUGAUGAAUUCUCAGCACGGAUCAGCAUUGGGGGUAUGAGCUGUGCGUCAUGUGUCAAUACUAUUACUGCUGCUGUACAAGAGUUGGAGUUUGUCAAGGAGGUCACUGUCAACCUUCUCACAAAUAGCGCAACGCUGGUUUACUUUGGUCCGCGGGAGAAUGUUGACCUGAUUACCGAAAAGAUCGAAGAUAUCGGCUUUGAUGCUUUCUUGGAUGAGGUCAACCGGAUUUCUGAAGUGCCGUUUACCCAACAGGCCUCGGCCGGCUAUGUCACCGAGAUUGCAAUCACCGGCAUGACAUGCGGUUCUUGUGUCGGAUCUGUGACUCGAGGGAUCGAAGAGUUACCCUUCAUCACGAGUGUCUUUGUAAAUCUGCUCUCACACAGCGGCAAGAUUGAAUUUGAAGGACGCGAAAACCUCGACAAGAUUGUUGAGAAGAUUGAGGACCUGGGAUACGAUGCUGCAGUCAGUAAUAUUCACUCGCUGGCUGAGAACAAGCAACAGACUGGCCUUGCCAAAUUGAGAACAAUCUCCAUUCGUGUCGAUGGAAUGUUUUGCCGCCACUGCCCCGAAAAAGUCUUGGCUUCUUUGGAUACCCUUUCAGAUGUCACUGUGGAGGAGACUCUUUGCGAGAAGAACCCUAUAGUCAAGGUAGCUUAUACACCUAACCCGCCUUUUCUGACUGUUCGCUCCAUUCUUGCAACAGUCAAUGGGGCCAACGGCGCUUUUACUGCAAGCAUCUAUCACCCACCGAGCAUUGAAGACCGAUCUCGUGCGAUGCAAUUGCAUGAGCGUCGCCGGCUUCUGACUCGACUGCUAUUCGUCUUUGCUGCAGCCAUCCCAACCUUCAUUAUUGGUAUUGUCUUCAUGUCUCUCGUCUCAUCCAGCAACCCAGUUCGCAUGUAUCUUGACCAGACAAUCUGGUCUGGCAGUGUGACUCGCACAGAGUGGGCUCUCUUCAUCAUGGCGACCCCCGUCAUGGUCUACGGCACUGACGUGUUCCAUACUCGGGCCAUGAAAGAAAUCCACGCACUUUGGCGCCCCGGAAGCAGGGUACCAAUCUUGCGACGCUUUUACAGAUUCGGCAGCAUGAACCUCUUGAUUUCUGCAGGAACGGCGGUAGCUUACUUCUCCUCCCUGGCCGUUCUCAUUGUUGAUGCCGUUGUGGGUACAAAAUCCAGUGCUCACAGUACGACCUACUUUGAUUCAGUUGUCUUUUUGACCCUUUUUAUCCUCGCUGGGCGAUUCUUGGAGGCUUACAGCAAAGCUAAGACGGGCGAUGCAGUUACAUCACUGGGCAAGCUUCGACCCUCGGAGGCUCUACUCAUUGAGAAUCAGUCCACAAUGCAGACCGACGAGAACACUAGAUUUGACUCAAUGCAACGCAUCAAUGUUGACCUUUUGGAGGUCGGUGACGUUGUACGUAUCCCUCAUGGUGCAUCUCCUCCAGCGGAUGGCGUUGUGGUGGGAGAAGGAUCUUACCAAUUCGAUGAGAGUUCUUUGACCGGAGAGUCUCGCCCGGUCAAGAAAGCUGUUGACAACCAAGUCUUUACUGGCUCCGUCAAUGUCGGUCAGCCUGUGCACAUCCGAAUCACUGAACUCGGAGGAACCUCUAUGCUUGAUCGAAUCAUUGCUGUCGUUCGUGAAGGUCAGAGCAAGCGUGCACCUCUCGAAAGGAUCGCUGAUCUGCUCACCUCACACUUCGUGCCUGUUAUUACCUUGAUUGCCAUUCUUACUUUCAUCAUUUGGCUCUCUCUCGGACACUCGGGUGUUCUACCUGGUGACUACUUGGAUGCUGCUCAGGGUGGUUGGACUUUUUGGAGCUUGGAAUUUGCUAUCGCAGUGUUCGUGGUGGCUUGCCCAUGUGGAUUGGCAUUGGCUGCCCCCACGGCCCUGUUUGUUGGAGGUGGACUCGCAGCAAAGCAUGGUAUCCUGGUCAAGGGUGGUGGUGAAGCCUUCCAAGAAGCCAGCCGUCUUGACGCCAUCGUCUUCGACAAGACAGGCACAUUGACUGAGGGAGGAAGCCUUAAGGUUUCUGACCACGAGAUCCUCACAAACAAUGACGGGAUAUUGAAGGUUGCCUGGGCUCUUGCUCAAAAGCUUGAAGAGAGCAGCAAUCAUCCGAUAGCCCAGGCCAUCUCUGCCUUCUGCGCAUCUCAACCGGGAGCUGCUGUCGCAUCCUCUGAUAUCCAAGAGAUCUCUGGACAGGGCAUGAAAGGAACAUUCACUAUGUCUACCGAUAAAGCCGAGCAGAAGGAACAGUACGAGGCUGCGAUUGGUAACGAGCGCCUGCUUCGCAGCAUCCUAUCUUCUGAAGCCGACACAUAUUUCGUCUCGAACUUGCUGUCGAAGUUCCAGUCAGCGGGCAAAUCCACAGCUAUUCUCUCCCUUCGACGUCUCGAUUCCCAGUCCAAGCCUACGGUAUUCGUUCCUGCAAUUAUCUUCGCAACUUCAGAUACUAUUCGACCCGAAGCAGUCGAGAUCAUUUCCAAUCUCAACAAGCGUCAAGUCGAGGUAUUUAUGUGCACCGGCGACAACCAGACAACUGCCCAUGCCGUGGCCCACAUGCUGGGUAUUCCACGUUCCAACGUGAUGGCCAACGUCCUACCCGCAGAGAAAGCCAGCUUCGUGCGCCGAGUCCAAGACGGCUCAGUGAAGGCAUCAUCCACAGGUAUGGGCUCGCCACCCCGGAGCAAGACUCGCCCAAUUGUCGCUUUCGUCGGCGACGGCGUCAAUGAUUCACCCGCUCUGGCCGCCGCAGAUGUUAGCAUCGCAAUGGCAUCUGGCUCUGACGUGGCCAUCAACUCCGCCAGCUUUAUUCUUCUCAAUUCGGAUCUGAGCACGAUUCUGCAACUGGUUCUCCUCAGUCGUCGUGUAUUCAACCGUGUGCGAAUGAACUUCGUCUGGGCAGUUAUCUACAAUUUCUGUCUUGUUCCAAUUGCUGCUGGUGUUUUCUAUCCCAUUGUUAGUGGUCACCAUGAGAAGACUGUCGGCCAUGAAACUGUCAUGCUUGAUGAGCAUUGGAGGCUCAGUCCUGUUUGGGCUGCUCUGGCGAUGGCGUUGAGCAGUAUCUCCGUUGUUACGAGCAGUCUCGCGCUGAGGGUGGACAUGGAGAGUAUCAAGAGGGUCUUCAAGAAGAAGAAGAACUGA